AUGGUUGUACGUCUGGCCUAACCGCGCCCUACAAUGCCUGCCAUGAGAAGGCCCUCUCUAACACUUUCCAGCUCGGCCGCGUAGCCCACUAUGCCUUCGACGCAGUCCUCAUCUCCGCGUUCCUCGCCGGUGUCAAGCGGUCCACCGGAUUAACGUGAGUCUAUCGUCUAAUCUCUCCCAAAAAGGCCAGACGUUCUGGAUGUCUGACCUAACGCCUCAAGUCCCAGCAUCAAGCCCGACACUUUCUCCGAAUCCCCUUCUAUCAAGAAAUGGAUCGAAAACUACCUUUGGGUUGGAGAGACGAUCAUGGACCAGAGUGUUGCUCUGAUGAGUACGAGUGGGUAUUUUGAGAGGAAGCGUUGA